AUGUCUUCUUCAUGUUUCACCAGUAUCGCGCAGAUUCUAAGAGCCCAUCAUCCAAAGACUCCACCAAAAUGUUUACGGUGUAAGAAUCAUGGAGUGACUACUAUUUUGAAAGCUGCUGAAGCUCUGAAAAUUCUAAAUGGUGGUGUCCCAGCAGAGCAAAAUGUGCAAAGGAAUAAUGCUAAAACAACUACCCAAGAAAUUCGUUGCUCACCUGUGUCAUCACCACCAGCACUAUUACCAGUAGAUCUGAAGUCUUCUAUAGAAUUGGCGUUGCCCAACUUGAUGUCAUACAACCAUCAAUUUCCACAGUUCUCACAGUUUUAUCCAUUGGCUAACCAAAUUGAGUUUACUGUCCACAAAGUGAUGUUAGGUGUCACUGAUAACGAUAUCACACUCUACGGCGAGGAAUACCAAGAACAAUCUUUGAAAGUUGGAGAGUAUAAUACAAAGUAA